CAUGCGCCGCGUGCCCCCGUGGCGUAGGGCCUCGUCCGGUCACGACUAUCCGCUGGGCGGGGUCGGUGCUGGCCGACGGUGCGCCGGCUGCCGGAGUGGACAUGGCGGCCGGCCCCAUUGGGGUGGUGCUGGUCCUUCUAGGGGUGCUCAGUGUCUGUGCAGCCAGCGGCCAUGGGUCCGUAGCGGAGAGGGAGGCCGGCGGGGAGGCGGAGUGGGCGGAACCGUGGGAUGGCGCGGUUUUCCGGCCGCCCUCGGCGCUGGGCGCAGUGGGGGUGACGCGCAGCUCCGGGACGCCGCGGCCAGGGAGGGAGGAGGCGGGGGACUUGCCGGUGCUGCUGUGGUGGAGCCCAGGGCUAUUCCCCCACUUCCCGGGAGACUCGGAGCGCAUCGAGUGUGCGCGCGGCGCGUGCGUGGCGUCCAGGAACCGCCGAGCGCUGAGGGACUCGCGGACGCGCGCGCUGCUCUUCUACGGCACAGACUUCCGCGCGUCGGACGCCCCGCUGCCGCGCUUGGCGCACCAGAGCUGGGCGCUCCUCCACGAGGAGUCGCCCCUCAACAACUUCUUGCUGAGCCACGGCCCGGGCAUCCGCCUCUUCAAUCUUACCUCCACCUUCAGUCGCCACUCGGAUUACCCGCUGUCGCUGCAGUGGCUGCCCGGGACCGCCUAUCUGCGCCGCCCGGUGCCUCCGCCCCUGGAACGCGCGGAGUGGCGCCGCCGCGGCUACGCGCCGCUGCUCUAUCUGCAGUCACACUGCGACGUGCCCGCGGACCGGGACCGCUACGUGCGCGAGCUCAUGCGCCACAUCCCGGUAGACUCCUACGGGAAAUGCCUGCAGAAUCGGGAGCUGCCUACCGCGCGGCUACAGGACACAGCCACGGCCACCACCGAGGAUCCAGAGCUCUUGGCUUUCUUGUCCCGCUAUAAGUUCCACUUGGCCCUGGAAAAUGCCAUCUGUAACGACUACAUGACAGAAAAACUGUGGCGUCCCAUGCACCUGGGCGCUGUGCCCGUGUACCGCGGUUCUCCCUCUGUGAGGGACUGGAUGCCGAACAAUCACUCCGUCAUCCUGAUUGAUGAUUUUGAGUCUCCUCAGAAGCUGGCAGAGUUUAUUGACUUUCUGGACAAGAAUGAUGAGGAGUAUAUGAAAUACCUGGCAUACAAGCAACCUGGGGGCAUCACCAACCAAUUUCUUCUGGAUAGUCUGAAGCAUCGGGAGUGGGGAGUGAAUGAUCCUUUGCUGCCUAACUACCUCAACGGCUUCGAGUGUUUCGUCUGUGACUACGAACUGGCUCGGCUGGAUGCCGAGAAAGCCCACGCGGCCUCUCCCGGGGACAGCCCCGUCCUUGAGCCCCACAUUGCCCAGCCCUCACACAUGGACUGCCCAGUGCCCACACCUGGCUUUGGCAAUGUGGAAGAGAUUCCUGAGAAUGACAGUUGGAAAGAGAUGUGGCUGCAAGAUUACUGGCAAGGUCUGGACCAGGGGGAAGCUCUCACUGCCAUGAUCCACAACAAUGAAACAGAGCAGAGGAAAUUUUGGGAUUACCUACAUGAAAUCUUCAUGAAAAGGCAACAUCUCUAAGUGCCCUUGCAAGAGCCUUUAACUUGGCGGAGCUAAGGAGAUCUUAUUCUACCAUGGGAAAGAAGGAGCAUCCACUGCACAAACCCUUAAUGAACACUGUCUUUUCAUGGAUUCAAGGAAUUCCAGUUUUAUCUAUUAAGAUUUUAUCUUAAUGAUGAGUAGCCAAGGUCUAACAUAGGGCCUCUCCUCAAGGAGAGAUGGAGGGAUACAAUUCUUGGUUCAGUGGGAAACAGAACCCUAAAACAUCCAUUUGAUUCAAGGUGCUGGUCCAACAGAGUUUUUAAAUUACUCACUUCUUUAUUUCAUCCUUUCGACUGUACUUGAUUACCAGUGAAGUAAGAUGGGUCAGGUUACGACUUACAACUUUUGUUCUAUUCCCCAAACUCCUCAUUAUUCAGUACAUUUCCCAAUAAUCUCUUUUUCUCAUCUCUUGCUUUAUAAAUUGUUAUGUUGGUGGAGAAGCAAAACAUUUGGUGAGUUGUAUUCUGGUUUUCCGGAGUUGGAUUUUUUUAUAUUAUAUACUUUCAUGUCAAACUUCUAUUUUACUUAUUUAUUUUUUUUUUUGUAUUUUUUGUAGAGAUGAGGUUUUGCCACAUUGCCCAGGUUGGUCUCCAACUCCUGGAUCAAGCAGUCCAUCUGCCUUGACCUCCCAGAGUGCUGGGUUUACAGGCAUCAGCCACCUCACCCAGCCCUAAUUUUUUUUUUUUUGGCUUUUUCUGGCCAGGCGUAGUGGCUUAUGCCUGUAAUCCCAACACUUUGGGAGGCCGAGGAGAGGCGACUGCUUGAAGCCAGGAGUUUGAGACCAUCCUAGCAAGACCUUGUCUCUAAAAAAAAUUAAAGAAUUAGCAGGGCAUGGUGGUGCACACCUGUAGCCCUAGAUACUUGGGAGGUUGAGGCAGGAGGAUCACUUGAGUCCAGGAAUUUAAGGCUGCAGUGAGCUAUGAUCAUGAUCACUGCACUCCAGCCUGGGUGACAGAGCGAGACACCGUCUGAAAUUAUAUAUAUAUAUUAAGAUGGAGUCUUGCUCUGUCACCAGGCUGGAGUGCAAUGGCAUGAUCUCGGCUCACUGCAACCUCCACCUCCCUGGUUCAAGCGAUUCUCCUGCCUCAGCCUCCUGAGUAGCUGGGACUACAGGCAUGCACCACCACGCCCAGCUAAUUUUUUGUAUUUUUAGUAGAGACGGGGUUUCGCCAUGUUGGCAAGGAUAGUCUCGAUCUCUUGACUUCGUGAUCCACCCGCCUUGGCCUCCCAAAGUGCUGGGAUUACAGGUGUCAGCCACCGCACCCGGCCUCAAAUACAUUUUUUUAAUGGCCUUGUCUUUCCUGGUUUUAGGCCCUUUUCCACAAUUUCUGAUGGAAAUACAGAAACCUUGCCAUCAUUCUUACUGCUGGUUUGCAUCUCAUUUAUGGUGUAUCUGGGAUUUCGUCUCAUGAACAGAAAGAUUCAGUGGCUGUUAUAUGCCUUGUCAAUUUACUGUAUUGCCCUAUCCUCUUUUUGAUCAAAGAUGGAGACUAAGACUGGGAAUUAUGACAGAAAAAGUCAUAUUUUUCUUUAAAUGAUUUUGAAAUGUUAAAAUAGGCCAAUAUGAGUCAAAGUGCAAAUUUUUCGGUGAGUAGGUUGACCAAAAAAAAAAAAAAAUCCAGGAAAAAAAGUGCAAAUUUUUAUAGGUCCUAAUUCUUUUGUUUGCCUAAUGAAGUGUUCCCUCUAUUUUAUUUUUUUAUAUGCUACAAAGUCCCAUCUUCUGCAGUUAUGGAAACAGUGUGGUGGUAUGUUUUAGUAAUUAUUUCAUAAUCUGAAGCACUUUUCACUUUAAGUGCAAUGAAUAGUCCAGCUUCAUUCACUGUAUUACUAAUAUGCUUCCCUAUGACUUUUUUUUUUUUUUGAGAUGGAGUUUCGCUCUUGUUGCUCAGGCUGGAGUGCAAUGGCGCGAUCUCAGCUUACUAGAAUCUCUGCAUUCCCAGUUCAAGUGAUUCUCCUGCCUCAGCCUCCCUAGUAGUGGGGAUUACAGGCACCCGUCACCACAUCUAGCUAAUUUUCGUAUUUUUAGUAGAGAUGGGGUUUCACCAUGUUGGCCAGUCUGGUGUCGAACUCCUGAGCUCAGGUGAUUCACUUGCCUUGGCCUCCCAAAGUCCUGGGAUUACAGGCGUGAGCCACCGUGCCCAGGUGCCCCCACCUUUUUUUUUUUUUUUUUGAGGCAGAGUCUCACUCCAUCACCAAGGCUAGAGUGCAGUGGCGUGAUUUUGGCUCACUGCAGCCUCUGCCUCCCAGGUUCAAGCAAUUCUCCUCGUGCCUCAGCCUCCAGAGUGGUGGGAUUACAGGCACGCACUACCAUGCCUGGCUAAUUUUUUUGUAUUUGUUUUAGUAGAAACAGGGUUUUGCCAUGUUGGCCAGGCUGGUCUCGGACUCCUGACCUCAAGUGACCCACCCGCCUCGGCCUCCCAAAGUGCUGGGAUUACAGGAGAGCCACCGUGCCCAGCCUGAGACUACUUUUUGAUGGAGCCCACUCAAGGGGAUGAGGAGGUUUAAGCCACAAGUGGCUGGCUAAAUAAAAGCUUAGUCAGAGCUGGGCGUGGUGGCUCACACCUGUAAUCCCAGCUAGGCUGAGGCAGAAUUGCUUGAACCUGGGAGGCAGAGGUUGCAGUGAGCUGAGAUCGCGCCAUUGCGCUCAGUCAUAUUUGGGGAUGCAGCCAAACCCUUCUGUUGCUGUGGUUUGAACAUACAGUCUAAUGAGCAGGGAGACCAUUAGCUCUUUCUGGGGCAGUGGGACAGGAAAGAAUACCUUGGACCUUAGAGCUACUCUAGUUGUAAUGUAUUAGUGACUUAUCACUAGAGAAGUUCCACAGUUUAUCAAUAUAUUAUCUAUACCUAUAUCUAUAUAUCUAUCUAGAUAGAUAGAUAUAUGUUAGAUGCUCCAACAACUAGGGUCUACACUUAAUAUAUUGACAUCUAAGGAUGUGGCCAAGAAAGGCUGUAAUUAGGCUGAAUUUUAUUGCCAAAGUUGUUCUUUUUUCAUUUAGUCCUUUAAUAAAAGAUCUUCAUAAAUUACAGAAAGUUUGCUUACCCUGUUUGACCUUUUGCAGAAAAGAACAAGAGGGAAGACAGACCUUCAGGCUGGGUGCAGUGGCUCAUGCCUGUGAUCCCAGCACUUUGGGAGGCCAAGGUAGGAGGAUUGCUUGAGCCCAGGGAUUCAAGACCAGCUUGGGUAACAUGGCAAAACCCCAUCUCUACAAAAAACAGAAAAAAUUAGCUGGGCAUGGUGUGUGUGCCUUGUAGAUCCAGCUACUUGGGAGGCUGAAGUGGGAGAAUCGCCACUGCACUCCAGAAACUAAAAAAAAAAAAAAAAAAAAAAAAAACUUCAAAAAUAUAUCUAAGCCAGAUGUGAUGGCAUGGGUCUGCAGUCCAAGCUACUCAGAAGGCUAAGGCAGGAAGAUCGCUUGAGCCCAAGAGUUUGAGGCUGUAGUAUGCUGUGAGUGCGCCUAUGAGUACCAACUGGGCAACACAGACCCCUGUCUAAAAAAAAAAAAAAAAAAAAUCUGUUGGGCUGGGUGAGCUGGCUCACGCCUGUAAUCCCAGCACUCUGGGAGGCCAAGGCAGGCAGACCACCUGAAGUCGGGAGUUCAAGACCAGCCUGACCAACAUGGAGAAACCUCAUCUCUACUAAAAAUACAAAAUUAGCUGGGCGUGGUGGCGCAUGACUAUAAUCCCAGCUACUCAGGAGGCUGAGGCAGAAGAAUCGCUUGAACCCAGGAGGCGGAGGUGGUGGUGAACCAAGAUCACGCCAUUGCACUCCAGCCUGGACAACAAGAGCAAAACUCCAUUUCAAAAAAAAAAAAAAAAAAAUCUGUUAAAAUUUGAUACAGUAGGCACUGACAAAAGAGGUCAAAUGCAGGACUGAUUUCUAAGCUUGCAAUCUAUCUAAAUGCAGAUGCUAAUUUAGAGUGCAUAAUUAUUACACAAGUACAGACCUAGGUUAGGGCUUAAAUUUCAUUAUGUGCAAUAAAAAGGUUAAGUGAUGGUUAAGCAAGGUGUAGAUUAUCCUUACCUCUCCUAAUGACAUGAGCUCACAUUGGCAUUCCUUUCAUACUUUUACGUAUAAAGUGGGCAGUUGUUUCUGAAUGACUGUUGCUGGAGCCUCAGGCCUGCUUUGUGCUUGGUGCUUUCCAGACUUUCUCCUUUAUUCCUAUCACCAUAUAGGUACUCACAAAAGAGCAGUGUAAACCAGGUGUUACAUUUCCACAAGGGAAAGUAGAACCAGGAAUAGCCACAUGAUACUGAAAGCUUCACUUUCCCUAUAGAGAAAGCAAGCAACAUGAAUCUUCUGAUUUGGGGCCCAGCCUGCUGCUGUAUACAGAGGUUGGCGUUAUUGGUGAUAGAAAUGUCUGAUAGGAGUCUUUUAAUUAUACUCUGGAGUGUGGAGGUGGAGUGCAAGGCUGCUUCCUUUAUUACUGUGUUAUUUUCUAUUAUCUCAGGUUUCGUUUUGUGUAAUAAACUGCUUCUUGUUAAACAAUGUC